CUAUUGUCCACUCGAUUCCAAAUGAACUGUCUUUAUUCUGACAAAUCGAUCCCAAGGCUCAAGCCGACAUACUCUCCAUAUGAUAGCACAGGCAACCAAAUACAAACAAGUUUGUGAACCGCAUUAUUGGGAGACUGGGCAGGAUGAUCGCAAAGCUUCUCUGGCAUCCAAUAACACCGACAUCUCCGGAAGCUCGAUUAUGUCAAUGUCAACGGACACAUUGGUUACGAACACUGUGACGAUGGAUAGAGAUGCAAUCGUCCUUUUUAUGCCUAUUCUAGCAUAUGAGCCGAGUGUACUACGUAAGAAAAUGUCGAAGGCUAUCCGGAGGGUCCUACGCAGGAAGGAAAUCGAAGAAGAGAACAAUGAUUUACUCCUGAUCACAGCAUAUCUUGGUGACACAGAAACUAAGGCUCUGCAUUGCCGUCGAACACUGGACCAGUUUUCCUAUCACAUGUUAGACACAACAGAGUCUAGAGACAGAGACCAGGUUCUCUAUCGGUGGGGACGCAAGAAGCUAGAGAAGACUGGCAAGGUUGAUGAUGUUCCCGUACUUAUGGUGGAUCAGCUUUGGCUUUGGGUAUUGCAUGAUGGCACUGUGAUCACAAGCUUUCCCAGUGCCUGGGACCACCAGGAACCCCAUGGGCUCAAAAAGAAGCUCGACGAAGAGAUCAAGACAAAUAAGCAGCGGGAUCCCAUUAGAUCAGUCGACCACCUCGUCCAUCUGGUCAUCAAGCUCUCUGUCGACUUUCUUCGAAGGGAUGCGCCCGGUGACAUCAAGCUUCAAGAAGCAUUUCAGUCAUCCAUCAACAAUAUAGCCGAGCGUGAGGCAGAACAAUUCAAACGCUUCAAAGCCCUUACGAAAAAGCUCAAUAUAAAAACUCUUACUGAGGCUCAGAGGACCAAAAACAUUGAGAAACUAUUUCAGCUGAACAUCGAGACCCACUUGUUGGUCGAGAUAAAAGAUAUUCAGGACGAAUUGAAUAUCAUCUCGUCGAUUCUUGGGCAGCAAAGAGAUGUGCUUAAGAGACUACAUAAAUUGUGUUCACCGGACAAAGUCACCGAAGAGGAUUCGUCAUCGCUAGAGAAGUCGAAGCAAAAGGGAGUUCGCGGAAUUGACUUGAUCCUAACCAAAUCGGAUGAGCGACCAGACUCGGCAGACAAGCCGAAACAUAAGGGUAUAUUGCAUCAUGACGACGAGAAAGAAGAGGCACAUCCACAAGAGAAGAAAAAAGAGAAAAAAGUUCGCUUCGGGGUCCCCGACGAAGACUCCAAAGAUACCGAGAAGGAGACCCCAAUCCUCAAAAAUCGCAAUCUUGUGGAUGACAAUCUUGCCAUUGUGGUGGGCAAUAUCCGGAUUAUAGAGGAUAUGCAACAAUAUGCAGCAACAGUGCAUACUUCGAUCAACAACCUCCUGGAUCUCAAACAGCGCCAAGCAAAUGCGUGGGAAGCUCGAUUUGCAAGAGAGGGAUCGCAACAAAGCCAGCGGCAAGGCAAUAUCAUGCUCGUUUUCACGCUUGUUACUAUCGUCUUUCUUCCAUUAUCAUUCAUGUCUAGUUUCUUUGCACUCUCAGUCAAUAAGUUCCCUAAGGAUGCCCAGUCUGGGAACACGUCCUGGCCCUUGCACACGCUUUCCCUUUUGCUGUUCGGAAUUUCGACAUUGGUUUUCGUCCCACUCGUAGUCAUUGCUCUUUACGUCAAUCAAAUCACGUCUUUCACUAAGGAAACUUUCAAGUCCUUCGUCCUCAGAGACAAGCAACCUACCGACGACUCUGAGGACAAUGAGAUUGAGGAUGAACUGGAUGAAGAGAGCGUCAAGGACAAGGACGAGGACGAGGACGAUGACAGCACAAAAGCCGAUGAUAAUGACGACGAUAUCGUCGAAGUCACCUCCGAAGAUUCCUCGUGGGCCACGUAUGCCCCGAUCUUUGGGAGAUGGAAAUUUCAUACCAGGAUCCCGAUAGUUCGAAAGCUUUGGCGGCGGCAGGUCUAUCUCAACACCCGCGAUGACGACAGUGACUACCUCUUUGACGAGGGCAUUGAGAUGGACUAUCCCUUGCAUCAUUUACUCUCCAAAUUCUCACUGCGGAAAUUUAUUUCAUUAUUCCAGCGCAAAGAGGUUGAUUCUGACGACGAUUCAUCAAUUCCGAGUUGGAUGCUCGAGCCUUCAAGGCGGCGACAAGUUGUAGCAGAAGAGCAUAGAAGGCGCGGUAGCUUUGGCUCUAGGUUAUUUCGGAGGAGGCGCUCAGACAGCGAUGAAAUUGUUGAGGUUAUUGAGGAAGAGUCAGACCUUCCUCGAUCCCGAGUCAGUCGAGUAUUCCGACCCGUUGAACGGCUGUUUCGAAGGCGGGGCCAGGACGAAGAGGAGAGUUCAGACAGCGAUGACAUCGUAGAGGUGUCUGAGGAGGAUUCUGACCACCCCCGAUUCCGAAGGCGGGCCCAGGACCAAGAGGAGAAUUCGGAUAGCGAUGAAAUUGUAGAGGUAAUUGAGGAGGAUUCUGACCACUCCCGAUUCCGAGCGAGUCGAGUAUUCGGACCAGUUGAACAACUGUUCCGAAAACGAGAUCGAGACCAGGAAGCAGCUUAUGCGGAGGAAACUCGAUCGACUGACAGAGAAAUUGGCGCUGCUUCUGGGUCGGAUAGGCAGGAAGCUACCUCCAUGGGAUUGGGGGCCUCGCUGCCAGAACCUCUGAGACGUCUGUUUGUGCGGAGAAGGCGGGUUCACGACGUUGAAAGUGGUCUUGUGGACGAGUGAAGCCGUGUGGGCUCUAUUCCCUUAAGAUUCAGCCGUCGUGGCAGGCUCUGUUCAUCUUUAUGCCCACAUGGUGAUCCUCAUUCUUGAAUUGAACCCAAUUCUGGGGUUGGUGUUCUAUUCCCGUGGCCAUUUCAAUGUAUAGAGUCUGGGUGGGACAAUCGGAAAGGCCAAAUUAGGAG